AUGGCACUCUUGCAGCAAUCCCCAGUGUCACUUUCCGAAAAGGUUGUCCCACCGAUCAUGAUCACCACAGCGCCCGAUCCCAUCCAACCCCCGACUACUGCGCCAAUAGCUCCAGCUCCAGAUAAGAAGAGGCGCGCUCGUCGCGGUAACAAGGUCAAGGGCAAUGAUCUCAGCACCAACUUUAAGAAAGUACACUUGGUUGAUGAGUUGGGGGAUGCGUUGAUGGGUCACUAUUACAUCCCUAAAAUAAACACCCAUCCGAAUGCCUCAACCCCAUCAGUUCUCGAUCAUCUGCGAACCAGUCUCAGCACGACUCUUGCGUCUUCCAAUGCCAGCUCAAUGAGCAGCAGCAGCCGUACAUUGACAGGAGUCGAAAGCACACCCUCCACUGACCAUAACCACCACAAUGACCUCAAUCUCACACACCAAAUCUCCUCAGCUGCAACAACAGUGGUUCCUCCUUCUGGUAUGGACACUGACCUACAUCAUGUGAAGAGUAAUCAUGAACAAGGCGAUGUAUUUUCCCUGGAUGAAUUCUCUACAAUGACCGCCAUACAACGCCUGACAGCCCAGUAUGGUCGCGUGGCACAUAUGGGCAUGCUGGAUCACAGUUAUCGAUUCUUUGUGAACAAGACAAGAACCGCGGCAUUGUCAUUCAAAGUUCAGAACUGUGUGGCUAUCGUGGGCGGUGAUCCGCUUUGCAGUCCAGAUACAGAUACUAUCACGGCGCUAUUAGAUGAAUUUUCACUAUACCGUCGGCGUCGUCGCUGGGGAAUCGCGUUCAUGGGCGCAAGUGAAUGGUUUGUCCAGGAAUAUGCCAAGAAGCAGUCAUCCAAUUGGACUGCGAUACGCUUUGGCACGGAAAGAGUUCUGAAUCCUCAGACUAAUGAGGUUUUGCUGGAAAAAAGCGGGAAGCGUAUUGCUGUACAAAAUCGACAACUUCUACACCCUCAAAAGGGAGGCACCACAUUGGGCUUAUACGUACCAGCCAUCCAUGGAACAGACAAUCAGCUGGAGAAAGAACUUGUAGCCAUCUACGAUGCCUGGCGUGCGGAACGUAAUAAUUCCACCGGUCCUCAAGCCUUUAUCACUGUUUACGACCCCUUCGCUUUACCCUCUCUUAUGACAUUCGUCUACAGUUGUGGAUCCGAUGGUCGAAUUAAUGGAUUCUCAGCCUUGCGUCGACUCGGCUGCUCUGGUUAUCACAUUGACCCUUGUAUUGCGGCGCCCAAUAGCCCAAAGGGAAUUAGUGACCUACUAAUUGUUGCGGCUAUGGCUCUUCUUCACCGUGCGGAGGUCUCAUACCUCGGGUUCGGCUUUGAGCCGACCCAUGUUCUCUCACCUGAGGAUGUUAGUGGGAUGCCAGGACCAUUGGCUAGUAUCACUCGGGACCUAUACGCCCACACGUUCCUCCGUCUUCCUAUUCACGGAAAGAAAGCUUAUCAUGACAAGUUUCGCCCCGAUCCACCACAGGACUCAGGCUUGUAUCUUGUAUUCCCUGACGGUGUACCAGGGCCGCGACAUUUCUUAGCUAUGAUGCACAUGGCUAACAUCAGUGUUCGGAAGAUGCUUUGGACCGAUCUACGUACCUGCUUAUCCGCUGGCAAAUCAAAGAAAGCGACUUCAUCUCCAGAUGUGUCAGCUGAUACUACUGUUGAACAAGAGAUACUGCGACCCGUCUCUGCCAGAGAGUAA